CUCGCUGAGGCCUCCGCUGCUCACUCCGCCCACCCGCCCACCACAGUCGCCGACUGCCGUCUCCGGCGACUCGCCCACUAGCAGGAAGCUCGGAGCUACGCCGCGGCGGAGGCCAGAAGGAAGGGGAUGAGGGCCGUGGUGCAGCGCGUCCUCUCGGCCAGCGUCGAGGUGGAAGGGCAAGUGGUUUCGGCGAUCGGCCCGGGCCUCCUCGUCCUCGUCGGCGUUCACGAGGCUGACACCAGCUCCGACGCCGACUACAUCUGUCGGAAGGUCCUGAAUAUGAGGCUGUUUACUAAUGAGAAGACUGGAAAAGCAUGGGAUCAGAGUGUUAUGCAGCGGAACUUUGAAGUCCUGUUAGUGAGCCAAUUUACCUUAUAUGGAAUCCUGAAGGGUAGCAAGCCAGAUUUCCAUGUGGCUAUGCCGCCUGCGAAAGCAAAACCUUUCUACGCUUCUUUGGUUGAGAAGUUUCAAAAGUCGUACAAAACUGAUUCAGUUAAAGAUGGCAUUUUUGGAGCAAUGAUGAAGGUUUCAUUGGUAAAUGAUGGCCCUGUAACAAUGCAAGUUGACUCACCCUCCCUGCAAGGCUCUGGUCAGUCAAGCAAUGGUGAUGCUGGUUUGGUAAGAGACGGUGAAGCAGCAGUACCCGAUGAGACUCAUUAAAUCCCUAUGGCUGUUUCCGCAGUAUCCUGCUUGGUUUUGGUGAACAUUUGAAUCGUAUGGCUUCAUGGUAGAAUCUUCAGUUUCUUUUUGAUGUUGUAGCAGAAGGAAGCCUAAUGUUCUAUUCCUUUUAGAAAUAUCAAAUGUAACUUGCGUCUCCAUCCAAAUGUUGAUAUUUGAUAUGAUACCACUCGAGAAAAUAUUGGACACAUUUAUUUCUGUCAUCA